UUGCUAUCGAUAUCGUCCCACCGCUAACAACCCACGGCUCUUUCCGGUUGAAUUUUUUGACAAAUCAACAACACAGAAAAAUGGCCAAGCGCACCAAGAAGGUUGGAAUCGUUGGUAAAUAUGGUACCCGUUAUGGUGCCUCCCUUCGUAAGAUGGUCAAGAAGAUGGAAAUCACCCAGCACAGCAAGUACACUUGCUCGUUCUGCGGCAAGGAUUCCAUGAAGCGCGCCGUGGUUGGCAUCUGGUCCUGCAAGCGUUGCAAGCGCACCGUCGCCGGUGGCGCCUGGGUGUACUCCACCACUGCCGCCGCCUCCGUGCGCUCCGCCGUGCGUCGUCUGCGCGAAACCAAGGAACAGUAAACACCAAUGGAAUACUCCAAUGCUCCGUUAUACUAGUUCCCGUAGUUUUUAAUUGACAACGCGAUUUUUCUGUGGUUUGCGCCGUGCCGGUCAUGUGAAAAUAAAAAAUGGAUUUUUUACUUUUAUCAGUAAAA